AGGUUGAGAACCACUGGAGAUUAGUUUGCAAAUAUAAAGACCAUUUCAUAAUCUCAUAAGUAACGGAUAUAUUGGAAAUAGCAACCAUAGCUUCAUUAUCUUUAGUUUGGAUAGAAAAAUAGCCAACUAUUGUAGUUGUUUGAAGAAUGAGUUGCAAGAAUUUGAGGUUGAAUAAUAAAGGGAAUUGAAAUACUAUUUGUUCCUCUUUAACAUUAGAAUUGCCUCUGAAAGAAAAACCACACUUCUUUACAAUUAUAUUGCCUCUAGAAUGAUUAUUUCACUGUUAUAAAAACUGAACUAUAAUUGUCAUUUUUAUUCAGGCUGAUGUGAAGAGGUGGCAUGAAACUUUAAUGUAAAUCUAAUAAUAGUAACUAUGAAGAACGCAACACUUUGACGUGGCAUUGCAUAUAAAAAGGGCUAGAUUGGAAUAUUAUUGCCUGAGUGUUUUUCCUAUUCAACAUGUGGCCAAACUAAGAGUUUAUUUUUACAGAUACACCAUUUCAGAAGAAUGUUACAUUAAAUAAAUACCAAUUUAAAGAAUGUGCUUUGAUAACACAAUUAGGUCUGUGCCACAACCCAUCCCUUAAUGGGCAAUUUAGCAAUUAAUGAACACCUUAAUGCACACCUAAUGCAAACCUUGUUAGCAAUCCGGUAUCAAAUUAACAAAGUGAUUUCCUUUUGUUAUACCAUAUAAUGCGAAAGUUUUAAUUUUAAAUUCUAUUUGACUUCAUCUAGGGCAGAAUCAAAUCCUUGUUUUGCAGAUGCAGUUAAUUUUUUCCCCUUUCUCUUCUUUCCUCCAGGCAAAGAAUCAUGCAAAGCAGGGAAUGAAGGAGGUGAAGAGUAAGUUGAAACACAAGGAAAGAGAAGAUGGCUAUGGAAUUUCUAGCUCAGGUUUUUCACAAUAUCCUCCAUUCUAUACCUUUCAUAAUUCUCCAAGAGAGAACACAGAAAAAAGGCGACUUGCACAGACACGCUUUGGGGAUGUCCCAACCAAUAGGCCUCAUAAUGACUCAGCCUUGGAAGAAGAUGCUGAUGAUGAACUAGACCCAGGAAGCAAGUUGUCAUCGGAAGACAGUGAGGAAACAUCUUACUAUUUAUAUGACAGUGAUGACUCUGGGGAAUUAGCCAAAACGUCUGUUCCUCCUGGAGAAAUGGAUCUGCUGGGGGAGAUUUUGGAUACCCUCAGUACACAUAGUUCCGAUCAAGGGAAACUCUCGGGGGCAAAAAGCUUGGACUUUUUUCGAUCGAUGGAUGACAUUGACUACAAGUCAAAGAAUAAAUCCAACACUCCAAGUGAGAGUAAUCUUGCCCUACUCUGUAGUGGUUGGAAUCAGCGACAAGAUGACAGCCAUCUCACUGAGAAGAAGCUUCCUCAAUCACCCAGGAAACCUGCUCCUUCUGGCGGUGUUAGAGAAUCUGUUUUUGUGCUAAAUAAAGAACACCCCAACCUCACCUCCAGUGCUGAUGACUUGACCUCGCCUAAUAAUCAUCCAAGAUCUCCAGAUUCACCCCAAGAAGCUAUGCAGGGACAUUCUGUGCAAACUUUGCAACUGAAGAGUAAGUGGAACGAAACACUAAGCAGGACCUCUCCAGAUGAGAAUUCACCAAGCUUGAGUCCCAAUCCAUCUUUCCUUGUUCCAUGGGAGAGGGAAGCCCAAGAUGGAAAUGGAAUUCUUGAAGAAGGUGGGCUGCUUGAAGAAGUGGUGUCAUUAUGUAAACUGACUUCUGCUUUCAGUCAAGGUUUAAACAUUUCAGGGGACGGGUUUUCCAACAGCAGUGGGAAUCAAACGUAAGGAACAUUUAUUUAUUGAGGAGUUACACGCGUGGUAAACGACUAAAGGAAAACAACUCAGGAUAUCAUAAUAAAGGAAAUAAGAGAUCUUCAGGUUUUUAAUCUUUAGUUUUAGUUGGCCUUAUUUUUGUGUUCUUAUCCUUUUAUUUUCAGCCUAUCUCCUUUGAAUAUAUGUGCUCCACUUCAGUUCACAAUCUAAGCUUGCAUUUGGGACGGGGAUGUAUAAGAGAAUCUGUUUGGUCUGGUGGUUAAGGCUAGGGGACUUUGGACCAGCCAUUCUCUUUCUCAGCCCCAUCCACCUCACAAGGUUGUUGUUGUUGUUGUUGUUGUGGGGCAAUAAGAGGAGGAAAGAGUAUUAGGUAUGUUGUUGAGUUAUUUAUAAAGGAUUUUAAAAAAUCUAAAAAGAAAAUGUGUUUACAAAACAUGUUUAGCAUGCAAUCAGUUACAGCUUCACUCUGGGCAUUUCCAGUUGUAUUUCCAGCUGCCAUGUAUAAAAACCUGAAAAUCACUGCCAGGCAGUAUAUGCAAUACUGACUUCAGACAACAUACCCUCUUAACUAAAGCAUUCUAGAAUCAUGGUACUAGCUUGAUUUCACAUUUUAAGCCACAGCUGGUCUGUGUCAUCAAACAGUUUUUAAUAAUUUCCUUUCCCUAUAUGCCAAAAGAAAUGCAUCAGGCAGACACAUUUAUCCUUCUGUAACAGAAACCAAGAAAUGUAGCAUGACUAUUUUGGAACUUAAUACGUCAUCUGAAGGCCUUAAACUGAGAAGGGCAGAUUUAAAUACCUUAAAGGCUGAACUGUAAAUACUUGGGGGGGGGGGGAAAGCCACCGUUAUUUCAUAGCUGCAAAUGUGCUUGAGUAAAAAGAAAUGCAGACCAUUUACCAAAGAAUGGAACUCCUACGUUUACAGAUGAUCACCAGUGUAAUAUUGUUUAUGCGGUGAUUUCAGUAAACUUGUGAGAACUUUGUUAAAUGUCCUGACAUUGCCAAGUACUACCCAUCAGUCAGAUGAGAAUUCUUAUAUGUGUUUGUGCCACUUGAAAUAGCACCAGUUGAUAAUGAUUGCUUGGAAUUUAUUACAAAAUAUAUGGUUUUUAAUUUUUAACAGACAAUGCCCAUGUCUUCCAGACUCUGAAAAAUGGUACUGUAUAUAUAUAUAAAUAUAUAUAUUGAUUGAUAACCAUUGAUAAUGGUUAAAUGCAGCAAAACGUUUACAACUGCUUUCAGAACUUAUUCAAUGAAUAUAUUUUACAUUUUGGUUUUCUUGAAAUGCAUAUUUUAACCCCAGUUUGGAAUUUUAAUGGAAUGAACCUUUGAAAGAUGUAAUAUUUUUUAAUUGAAAAUAAUCUGUUCUUCUGGAGAUCAGGCCUCUUUACAGAUAAGUUUUAACAUGUUUGUAAAGUCAUUGGGUUGUUGUUAAGUGUGCGGCUUAAUCAAAUUCUAUACUUUUACUUUUUUAAACAACAAAGGAACAAUUGCAGUAAAAAGAGAAAUACAUUAGACUCAUGAGGCAAAUCUUUUUUGGCUCUAAGCAAAUGAGUCAAAGAAUCACCACAAAUUCUAGCAUUUAGGUUCAAUUUGUGAAGAGGAUGAUAUCCAUCUAUUACAAUAUCUCUACCAAUCACUUUUAAAAUUGCCUUUUAAAGAAUUUAUUCAAGAAUCAGUCAUCUGGUGUAUGUAUGUAUGUAUGUAUGUAUGUAUGUAUGUAUGUACGUACGUACAUACGCACGUACAUAAAUACACACACACACAAACAUAUACAUCACUGUUUAAAAGCUCCUUCAAAUUUGUCACUAGAUCAAAUAUUUUGGAAAUUGUCAGAAGUGGUUUCUAGAGAUACGUAUAAAACAGCUGACAGACAUUUAGGUCCUGUAGAAUAGGGGUCCCCAGCCUUUCCAGCGGGGCGGUCCAGCAGUGGGAGAGAGGAAAUGGUUCUGUGCGAGGGGCUUCACGUGCAUGCAAGUGCACACAGCUCCAUUUGUGCAAGCCCACACAAAUGGAGCUUCGCACACCUGCCCACCCCUCAUGCAAAUGGAGCUCCGUCCGCAUGCAUAAGCCCACCACUCACACAAGAGGAGCUGCAUGUGGCUCCCACAGCCUGAGAGUUGGGAGCUUUAGAAAGAUGAAUGUAGAAUGUUCUCUCCCCCCCCCAGCACCUAUUUUCUAGAAUGUAAGGUUCUUUCUCUAUUGUACUGUAGCAUUUAAUCAUUCUCGAAGUCUAAAGUUUUAUCCAAAACAUGUUUCACUGUCUUGUAUACAAGUUUCAUUUUUAAAAAGAAGAAAAACUAUGCAUAUGCAAACUUUCCACAGCAAUUAUAUAAAGUGCUUCUUCUUCUUCUUUUAAAAAGGUUAAAUCCUGCAUGGAUAUCUCUAUGAAUCUCACACAACGAGGUUAUGGGGGGGCGUGAGAAUGAAAAAGCUUUAGCUAAUAAAGUUCACAGAUUUUCAGUGACUUUCAUGGUUAGUGAAUGUGAUUUGGGAUUCCAUCUAUAUGGAAUUCUCUCAUGGUGAAAGUAUCUAUUGAUGAGUCAUCUCCAUGAACUUUUUGAAAGAGAACUUUCUUUGGUCCUUGAACUUCCUCCUGCGCCAGAUUUUAUUAUAGUUGUCAUUUUUUCCAAGGGUAACAAUUGUGCCUUAAAAAUGUGUACUGCAAUACUUGCCAACUCUUUUUUAUUAUUAACAAAAGGACGGAGUAUUUCCGAAGGAUCAGAGUAGCAGUUUCUCAAACUUUCAGCUAGCAACUAUUCUCUUUGCCACCAGUUAUUGUUUCAAAAUUAUCUGUAUGGGCCACAAAAGUAAUAUUUCUAUAGUGACAGAAAUAUUACAGUUCCCAUAUAUGGCUGAUUUAACCUAUUUUGUAUUCAGUGUUUGGAGGAAAUUUAAAUUAACGUUUUUAAUAUGGUGAGUUUUUUAAAAAAUAUUUUUAAAAAUAUUUCUCAGGAAUCCCAGCAAUUAUUUCUAUUGAUCAUGUGAUUCUUUCUAUAAAAUAUUGGAUUAUUUUACGGAAAUUUAGCUUAUUUAUUCAAUACCACAAGUCAGUCUAGAAUGCAAAUGAAGAGCCGAGUGUAGUUUGGGGGGUCAGCUCCCAUCACACCAGCCGGCAAAGGAGUUUGCAGUUCAUAACAUCUGGAAGGCAGUAAAUGGCUUAUUCCUAUUUAGAACAAAUAAUAUAUUCUUCAGUCAGGUGAUUAGUUGGCUAUUCAAAUUUACUUUUAACGGAUGAUAUAAAAUCACUGUUAGUUGCUUUAUACCCACCGUGGAUUUUAUCAGAUAUGCAAAAGGGAAAUCUGUUUAGAUCUUUAUCUUAUCCCCGAAUCAAAAGGCCCCAGCAGCAUGUAGAAUAAUUGUGCCAACAGCUUUCCUUAAGAAAGUCUUUUUCCAAGAAUGGAAAAUAUUAUUUUGAAAAAUCAACUACUUCAGUUCAGAGUUGAUUAUGCAUCUAAUGGAUGAGAGAUUGCUUUGCUAUCACUUUCCAAACCCUCAGAUAGAAAUUAAAAUUGCUUAAACUAGAAAGAUAUUUGUGUUGAGGUACCUCUAUGCCCCGAGAAUUACAUGGAAUAAUGUGUUGUAAUGAGACCCACUUUGAUGAACAGUAGAAUAGUGAAAAAGGCAGUAGUUUUUUUUAGACUGACUUUUUAAAUAUUUCCCUAGCAUUUCAAAAAGUGAUAUUACUACUUUUUGAUUGUUGUGAGUUAGGUUAACAAAAACUGUCAGUAUAGGCUGACUUUGCUCUCAAAGAUGUCAACAGUGAUUUUCCAAUUGAUUGAAUAGAUGGCUUGCACUGAUGAGCACCUUUGAAAAGGUUAAUUUUCACAGCUAGACUAGAUAAAUCCAUCAAAAGAUCUGUUAACAUUGUUUCAGCCUCUUCAGCCUCUUCAGCCUCUUCAGCCUGCCCAUCGUCUACUGGUAUAUUUUGUAGGCUGUAUUGAACAGAGAACCAAAAAUAGUAAUGUUAGUUGCAUUUGGGUGAGAAGUGUGAGUCCAUUUCUGUUAUCUCUUCCUAAUAUCAGUAAUUUCAUAAGUGAGUCCAGGCUCCUACUUAGCUAAAGAAUUAGAAAAGCAUUUAUGUCAUUGGGAGCUUUUUCUUACGUAUCUUUGCUUCAAUACAGCCACAGUGUAGAUGCCACUGUUAACCUGAAACUUGUGUGCUGUGAUAGAAUGUAAUUUUGAAGUCAGCCUUUUCAAUAAGAGGCAUAAACCUUUUUAAAAAACCUUUACAAAAAAUCAAACUUAACAAAAUUGCCAAACCUCACAUGGGUUCAGCAUUCUUAUCCCUACACAUUCUUCUGUGUGAAGAUGUUGCCAUUUUUUUUUCAUAUUGGGCUUUUGUGGGCACCAUUUCAGGGUGCCCUGCUGCCAAUCCUUGGUAUAAUUCAAGGAGAAAAAGGAAUAAGAUGUGUGACUGUUCUCCUAAUUUGUUACUCUAGGAAUUGUAAGGACUACAGCAUACAUCCAUGAUGGCUGGGGAUGGUCAGAGUCGUAUUCCCUUGUAUCUGGAGGACACAGCCUUGAGGAGAGCUAGAUCGGGGUUUAAUUCACAAACAUUGGUUGGCUUUGUUAGAUGUACUGUUCAGUUUGUCCAAAGAAAAAGUCAACAAUUUUAAAGCUAUCACCUCCUAGACAACAAUAAACCCUGUUCUGAAUUCAAAGAAAAACAUCACUGCCAAGCUCCUGCAGGCGUGUGAGUUUCCUCUUCAUUUUAAUAUAAUUUGGUGUUAUUAGGAGCCAUUUCUUUUCCUCUUCAAGCAAACAAAGGCUGAAGUUUUCAUGCCUUAUGUGAACUUAAAAAGACAGCUGUCCAUUAAAGAAAGUCCCAGUGGUGCUUCCUUGUGCCCGAGGUCUCAUAACUCUUUCAAUCCGGGAAUAAGAGUUAAGUUGUGUAAUUAUUCCCUCUUCUCCACUUAUUUCAAAUAGCUUCAUGCAAGGCAUCAUCUUGCUGGAUUGUGUUGCCAAGAGUUGAAUGUGUCUGGUGCCAUCCAACCAUCCUUAACCACACUCUGUAUCUGCCGCCGAUAUUCUCUCACCCUUUUAUCUUACAGUGGUGUUGCUUCUGUGUAAGGGAUCCAACUAAGUAAAUGUGCUUAAGCGCCUCUUUUAUAUCCAGUAUCACAAAAUUUCUGAGCAAUAGACCCAAAAGUGUUUUUUCAAAAGGUAACUGGACUUUGUUUUGGGAAAAACUGGGAAAAAUAAAGUACAGUUGACUUUUGAAACAGUUCUUUUGGGACAACCAUGAUAUGGAUGACUGAGAAUCUCCAUAAAUACUGAGCAAUAGGAAUUCAAAUUAUCCAAAACGAUAGUUUGAUGUUCUCAAGAAUCUGAAAUAAUGCUUCAGGAAAAACAUUAUUUUAAUGUUACGUGUUUGCUACUUACUGACAUUGGGGGAGGCUCAGUAGAAAUAUAGGUCCUGCUAUUAACUGCACCAUAUGUAGCAAGGCAUGAAUAUAGAAUCAGUAUUAAUGGGAGGAGAGAAGAGAGAGAAGUUAGUGUAAACUUUCAAACUGAAACACUGAUCCUUUUUAAGUGGCUUCUCUCAGCUCUGCCUUCUUCCCAUCUCAGAUGUAAGUAAAGCAUCACCUAGGAUGUGGGAAAGUGCUGGAUUAAAGAAAAGUGUUUAAUUUUGUGCAAUAUUUUUCCUUAUAUUUGUCUGUGUGCAUGUAUGUAUUUUGACAAUUAGAAGCACCUGUUGCUUUCUCCGUAGGUCUUCGAGAUUGCUUUUCACUCUAGUAUGUUUCUAGUUUUGUUUCACAAUUGUGUUAAAUUGUGUGUAGCAUCUCAUUACAGUUGUAUAGUAAAAAGACGUACAGUACAUUGUCAGUGGGCAAAUAGCUUUUAGUCGAUUGAAUUUGAAUAGGGACAUCCUAUUAUUGUGUUAUAAUACAAAUCUAAAAUUUUGCCAGUAAUUUAGUAGACCUCAGACGCUUAUAGCUAGAAAUACCUGUAUUGCCCACAUUACUUUCUAAAUACACAACAGAGAGAGAUUUCUGUUAAUUUACUUGUAAUUGCUGAUCCUGUUUGCCUCACUGUUCCUUCACCAUGCAAAUAAAUAGCUGCUUCUUGCAAUUGAUACCAGAUGGCAAUGAAUGGUCAAUAUGUAUAAUUUUUAUGAUCCAGGGUGUGACAUCUCUGGUUGUGAUAAAUAAUUUCUUGUUUCAAUACCUGUUGCCCUUACAUUUGGAUUGUUUAUUUGGUUAACUGUUGUGUAUUUCUUGUAUAUAUUUUCUUCCCAUGGCUAAACGUUGAUCAAGAACUACUUUGAAUUGACUUACUUGAGUUAAUUGAAGCACUGUGUAAUCUAGUCCUGAUUGCAAGUAGCAGAUAAGCACUGUUGUGAAUUUAGUGUUACAUACCACAUUCCUCGUAUUGUAAUAGUUGUGGUCCAAGAGUGUACUUUAUUUAUGUUACGGUGUGUACAUAAUUUCAGUAAUGCAGCACAAUUAUAUAUUUAUGACCAUUUUCUUGAAGAAGAGAAUACAGGAAAUAUUCAUCUGAACAGAACAAAUAAUUCAGUGCCUGGUUUAUUAUUAAAACAUUUCUCAGAGUUGCAGAAAUCGUUUUUGAAAUUAUGUUAUGAAUGCUGCAAACUAAGCAACAAAAUCCAGGAUGAUUUGCCCCAGAAUGGGUUUCUACUUCUCUUCUACCAAUAUAAGAAGAGCCGAGGUGGCGCAGUGGUUAAAUGCAGUACUGCAGGCCACUUCAGCUGACUGCUAUCUGCAGUUUGGC